GCAGUGGCAGGGUCACAGGACAGAGGAGCUUUUCUGCCAUGUCCGACUCUGCUGACGGGGCUGAGUGGUGAUGGAGGGAGCAGGAGGAAACUGGUGUGUUUGGUUCAAUGAGGGUUUCCAGUGGCCAUGCUUGCAUCUCCAGCCAAGCAGCGGAGGGUGUCAGCGCCCAGCCAGCACCAUGGUGGCUGCCCAGGCCUAACUGGUGGGGUUUGGUAGGGGACCCACUCUGAUGGUGUUCACUGCCUCUUCCUGCUUAAGAGUGUCAUGGUGACGAGGAAGGGAACCCAUGAAUCCUAGAGACAUGUGAGUCAGGGCUGCACAGAUAAAUUUAAGAAUAAUGCAAAACCAGGUCCUUUGUCUACCACCCGGCCAGGUCAGCAAAAGGAACUGGCGUAUCUGCCUUGUGCUGUCGUCUGCAGCAGGGAAGGGAAGGCAAAUUGAUCUGGGCUGGCCUCACUUGCUGCCAACGAUGCUUGGAGGAGCCCAGAAGGUCCAGCGUAGUUGGGACCACUAACACCACUAACACCGCGCACAAGUCACAUGGCCCUGAAGUCUGGAGCACCCUGAGCCACAUCAGUCCUGCAGGCAGCAUUUCUUAAUUUCUGCCAGGAGAGGGAGACACGGUUCUUCUGUUUCCCUUUGGUUUGUGAUCCAGUUCAAUGCUGGAGUUGGGAAUCAGGCCUCAGUUUUAUUUCCCAGAGAAGGGCACUCAGGGGCAAGACUUUGUGCCACUGAAUGCGGGCAGCCCUGGCGUGUCACGUGGCCUCGCGGACGUGGCCUCAUCCCUGGAGCAUCCCUGUGCCCCCACACGGCUUUUUCCAGCAGAGCCAGUGUCAGUGGCACAAGCUUUCCAGGGGUUGUGGAUCCCUGAGGGAUGUAGGCUCCGAAGGUUCUUGGAUCCAGUGAGUGCUCGUGGUGCUGAGCUGGAUGAGAGCAGAGUGAGUGGUCCGUACCCACUGCCCCCCAUCCCCGAGGCUGUGCAGCUGUAAGAGCUGUGGGGUGGGGGUCCUCCCAGGGCUGACCUCGACUGUGCUCAGCCCACACUGGCUUUCCAGCAGCUUCCACCUGCAGCGUGUCCUUCGCAAACAGACUGAACAACUGAAAUGAUGUCUCCUCCUUUCCCCUUCCCCCUUUUUUUGAUAAAAAUGACAGUUAAAAGAACCAGAAAACUCGAAACUUAAUCUUGGGAACACCCAAGGUAUUUUUUAAAAGUUAAAAAAAAGAAGCAUUGUUAUUGUCUCUGUGACAAUACAACUUAGUCUAAUCAGAUUUGGUUUCAGAUCUUAAACAGAAAAAUUAAGCAAUCACAUUUUCUAGGCAGCCUUAGAGAGGAUGGUAUGAAUCAAGCACAGGCACUUUUACAUUCUGUAACUGUUUUAUUAAUGAAAUUUAACCCUUGGGCAUGGCCACAGUGUAGCUCCCAUUUCAUCAGAGCAUUUGAUGAGCUGUUCUGGUUAGCCGACUGCUCGGCAAAAUUAAGGAUUUUUGGUUUUUUGCUUUAUUGUUCUCUUGCUGGCCACUGUUGUAAUCAGGCUGGUGCGCCUGUUCAGCAGGAGAAUUCAGUCUGUUCUUGCAAGAUCAAUCUGUUCUUCCUGCAAAAUCUAUUUUUGUUUUUUACUUUCUAUGCAGAAUAAGACUUACUGCAGCAUUGGGGGGUGUCUAGCAGCGAGCACAUCUUCCCUUUUUUGUUUGGUUAAGCUCUUUGUAUUUCUCAUGUUGCAGAAAACAAGGUGGGUGGUUUUUUAAGAGGAAUAAAUAUUUCCAUUUACUCCAGGGACAUAUAGCAAGAUGAGUUGUUGUUACGAACUUUAGUCAUGAGUAUUAGUAGUUUUACAGCUGGGAAGUGAGAGCAAUUUGGGGGCAAUAUUCAUUUUCAUGGCAACCUGAGAUUAGAAACUUGGAAAAACUCUCUGGUAGUUGUUGGGUUGUGCUGUAAAUACUGCGAUUGCCAUAAAUGAUGGGAAGGGAAUCAUAGAAUCAUAGAAUGGUUAGGGUUGGAAGGGACCUCAAAGAUCAUCUAGUUCCAACCCCCCUGCCAUGGGCAGGGCCACCUCCCACUAGAGCAGGUUGCUCAAGGCCCCAUCCAGCCUGGCCUUGAACACUUCCGGGGAUGGGGCAUCCACAACUUCCCUGGGCAACCUGUUCCAGGGUCUCACUUGCUGUAUUUUUCAUGUGUGCUGUGGUUAAUCCUUUCCCGGGAAUACAGCCCCAUUGGUCUGCUGGAUUUUGGGAAGAGAAAAAUAGAAUGACACUGUUGAUGUUAUCAGCGGUAUUGCUUUGGACUCAGGUUCAUCCCGCUUAGGUCAAGGUUUUGGUCCCCCCAGAGAGAGACCCCUCUGGGAGGUGGGUGUGAGAUGCCAAAUCUCCCUUGGGCAGAUCCCAUCGCCUGGUCACUGCACGGAAAACUGAUGUACAGCCAUCUCAUCUGGGCCAUCCCUGUUUCAGUGGAGCGAUGCCAGCCCUAGCACCCUUGAGUUAUGCCUGGGGAUCGCAGCCACUUGUGCUGGAUGCUGCAUGACAAAGAGGGACCUUGCGGGCUUUUCCAAUACAUCGUUGGCUCCAGAGCUUCAUGUGAGUGAUGCCCCUUGGUUACAGUCUCUUGCUGUACCUACACCUCGAAUUUGAGAUCAGUGGGAUGUGGUCCAUCACAUCAGGACCAUAGCAUGUGUGUUGGUGCCAGCUUGGCGGUGCUGUGGCAGGGAUAGAGCAGGGCUUGCACCUGCCUUGGUCCAUGGGUGAGUGAGUCUCAGCUGCAUCCCAAAGCAGCGCCUCCUGAGCUGCAGCAACUGAGACUAGCAAAUGCCAAGUUCAGGCCUCAGACAGCUUUGUUUUAAAUCAACGUGAAAUACUUGAGUUCAGGCAGUUUCAGUUCUAGAUUAGUUAGGGUUUCAGUUCUAGGUUAUUUAGGGACGUUUUGGGUCGAGUUUGGUGGAAGGAGCCCACCAGCCUGGCAUGGUGCCGCGCCAGCCCCGCGGGAUGCUGAGGCUUGGGGAUGAGCACUACUGAACAUGGGGCAGUGCUGUGCUGAGGCGGGCGGCUGGUGGAGGCAGAUGAUGAACAGGCUGCAGCUGCACCGUGCCUCGCUCUGCGCAGCCGGUGUUACCCACACAGCACCCCUGCCUGGAGGGGACCCGAGAGGGAUGUGGCCGGGCAUUUCGAUUUUACGAACCGCGUGCCUCAGCCUUUAACUUCAGUCCAAGGCUGUUCAAAUCUUUAAGGAGCUUCAGGUUUUCUUUCUUGGGGGACUGGUGGUCUUCUUGAUGCUGGAGGAAGGUUGUGUGUUUCCUUUCAUGCUCCUGCCCUCAUGACCCUCUAAACUGGUGCUGUGGGGCGCUGGUGUGGCACAAUUGGUGCAGCUGUGGAUGAGCUGGUAUUUGCUUACAUCCUGAGGAGCAAGCUGGAGCCAACCGGAUGGUGAUGUGUACAUAUAUAUAUCUCACCAUGUUAGCUCCUCUGCCCAGUAAGAUGUGCUCACUGGGCUUGCUGGCCCUGCACACCUGCACAUGGCGGUCUCACAUUGCUGUCUGGUGGGACUCCUUCAGCCCUCGGCAGCUGUGGAGAGCCCUUCCUAUCGCCAGGUCCAUCUGUCUGUGGGUUUUAAAUGCAGUUGAGAAUCGCUGGACAGUGGUGUCCCUGGCCAUGGGAAUGACAGCAAGGACGCUCUCACCAGUGUUCCAGCUAAAGGCUUUUCUUCACUCAGACACUGCUAUUUGUCUUGCUUUGUGAGAGAUUUACCAUUACUGUGGAGAGGCCAGGAUUAAGAUUGCUCAGGGCUAGAUUGGCCAAGCAAGAGGCGUUUCCUUGUGGAGUGCUGAAUUGGCUCCCCAUGCUGGUUGAGCUCAGCAGGGCUGUGGCAGUCAUUGUCCCUUUUCCUGAGAUAAAGCAGUGGAAGGGAAGGGGCAGGAUCUGUGCAACCCUGUCCUCACUCAUGGUAGCACUCAAGUGCUUCAGCUACAGCCGGGAUUGUCCUCUCCCUGCCCUGCCCCAGGACAGGGGGUGGCUGCCAAAACAGAGUGGCCUGAACCGUUUGGCUUUGGUUUCUAACCACAAUCAUUUUCCCUUCCUCUCCCCAUUGGUAAUUUUGUCAUUGCUGCUGACCUUGUCACGGGCCCGUGAUUCUUCCCCUCUUCAUCCCAGGGCUGUAGCUCCCAGGUACAGGCCAAGCAGAGGCGAUGGUGGGGCUGAUCCUGGCGGGGAUGUGGCCUCAGGGGCCAGCUGGGAGCUGAGCACCCCUGGCCAGACUGGUUCUGAGUAGGCUGUCAGUUUGCUGAAACUGUGGGGAGGAGAGAGAAGGAAGGGGAGGAAAGUCGCCUGGUCGGAAAGAAAGUUUUACCCGGGUUUGUGUUCCCCAGGGCUGUGUGGCUGCAGCGAGCCAGGGGAGUUUGUGCCUCUGCGCCAGCUCCCGGUGGGGACAGCCACCACCAGAGCCCUGCUCCUCGGGCCCUCCCUCUGCCCCGGCAGUGCCGGGCGCUGGCAAUCGCCUGCUGAGCAUGCAAUGGCAAACCACGUGGCAGGGACCGGAGCAGGUACCAGUGCUGUGUCCAACACCUUGGAGCCCCUGCUCUGCGCUUUAAGUCUUUUGCAAUGGGAAGUUCAGUAAAGAUACAAAGGAGCUGUUAAUUGCUUAGGGUUCGUUGCAUAAAAUUAUGCUUGUUUUAUUUGCAUCGCCACACAGCUCACCCGUUGCUGUCCUCUGUGCCCUUUAAAUUUUAAGUUUCAACCAUUCAAGCUUCUCCCUCUAUCCAAGGACUUCCUGAAACUUUGAAAUCCCAAGACUUCCACCUUCAGCAGAGGUUUCCCUCUAGAGAGCUCUCCUAAUCCCUCUUGGAGCAGACUCCAGAAGUGGCUUCCAGCCAACACUUCUGUGGUCCUGUGAAGUCAGAGGUUCUGCAGCAAAGCCAUAGCAGGGCUGCAGGACUGGCUUCCCUCAGUGUGCCUGAGUGGGCUUGCGAGCCUUUUCCCAAAGGGUGUAUUUAGGCAGAAAGGUGGUGUUAUGCUGUGGUGGGGCUGAAACUUGUAAGCAUGGGGAGGUCGAUAAUAUUACUGCAAAAUCAUGGAUGACUUACGUCUGUUUUUAUUGCUGAAAGCUAGAUUUUUUGAGCAGAAUUGAAACCAAGCCAGGUUGUUAGAGCAGCAACGAGCAACGAGCAUUGCUCGUUUAAAGAGCCAAUUAUUUAAAGGUGAGCAUAAAACCAAUCCUGUUUUUUUUCUAAUUCAACAUCUUUGGUCCCUGUGUGUUUCAGUCCAAGUCAGGAGAUUUUUAGUCCCAGAUGUUAAAAGUUGGGUGUUUGACCUCUGAGAGGUUGGGGUGAAGUGUGGGCUAUCCUGCACCACCCGGAGCAGUGGCAGGCUCGGCAACAUGUGGUGAACUCCUUGUGUGAGGUUGCAAAAGGCUCUGAGAGCUACCUCACAGCAGCAGAGUUGUGGCUUUUUUGACCUGGCAGUCCCACAGCUCACGACAUUCCUGGAGGAAUUCAAAGUGUUCCCUAAGGUGUCGGGGUUUGACCUAGGCCGGGAACCAAGCCCCACACAGCCGCUCGCUCACCCCCCCGCAGGAUGGGGGAGAGAAUCAGAAGGGUUAAAGUGAGAACUCUCAUGGCUUGAGGUAAAGACAGUUUAACAGGGAAAGCAAGAGCCGCGCACAAGCAAAGCAAACCAAGGAAUUCAUUCCCCGCUCCCCAUCGCAGGUGGGUGCUGAGCCAUCCCCAGGACAGCCGGGCUCCAUCAGUGUAACGGUGACUUGGGGAGACAAACACCAUCGCUCUGAACGUCCCCCCUUCCUUCUCCUUCCCCCAGCUCUAUGUGCCGAGCAUGAUGCCACGUGGCCCUCGCUGGCGGGGUGAGAGGCAGAAAAGGCCAUGACUGUGCCAGCACUGCUCAGUAAUAACUAAACCAUCCCUGUGUUAUCAAUGCUAUUUCCAGCCCAAAUCUAAACCGCAGCCCCGUAACAGCUACUGUGAAGAAAAUUACCUCUAUCUAAGCCAAAUCCAGCACAUAAGGCAAAGUCUUUCUCAUAGUUGUCAGUUGUUACUGUGGUGCUGGCUGGAGAGAAGGCAGGGAACAAAGACAAUGAGCUGGGUAUUUAUUAUGUGAUCUGGUGCUUCCCCAAGUUCUGGACUCUUCUGGUUUGUUGGGAGAAAUGAUACUGUUUUUAAUUAGAUUGUGGGAGUUGUGGCUUCUGCAGGCUUGGCUGUGUUACUAGUCCUGACUGCAGCCAAACAGAAGCUGGAGCACAAGUGGAGAUACUUGAUUAAGGCAGAUUCCUGAAAUGCCUGUGCUUUAGCGAAGAUGAUGAGACUUUGCUUAUUUGGAACAUAGAUAUGUUAGUGAUAAGGGACCUCAGGAGAUCUCUAGUCCAACCCCUUUUUGGAACAGGACCAUACCAAGCCCUAGGUCAGGUCAGCUAUGGCUUUAUCAAAGUAAGCUUUGAAAACCUUAAGGGACAUCCCCCACCUCUCUGGAUAGAGGAAACUGCUGCAUCGAGGAGGUGAAAUGAUUUUUUUCAUAUUGCAUGCAGCCUCAUAUUUCUGUCUGAACUGCCAGCAGUGGACAUUGAACUGGCUGUUGCCUGAGCUCUGCAGAAAGUCUCAGGAGAAGAGCACAGGGUGUUGAUUGCGUUUGUGGUUCCUAUGUUCUCUUGGGAUUCUUUCUCCCAUUCAGGCUUGCAUCAGAUCUCACAGAACAAGGUGGCAGUGCUGCUCCUGGCUGGAGGACAAGGAACUCGGCUAGGAGUGAGCUAUCCCAAGGGCAUGUACAACGUGGGGUUGCCCAGUGGCAAGACCUUGUAUCAGAUCCAAGCAGAAAGAAUCCGCAAAGUGGAGCAGCUCGCUGGCCAGAGACACAACUGCAAGUGUGCCAUCCCCUGGUACAUCAUGACAAGUGAGUUCACGCUGGGGCCAACAGAGGAGUUCUUUGUAGAACACAACUACUUCAACCUGGAUAGAUCCAAUGUGGUCAUGUUUGAACAGAGGAUGCUGCCCGCUGUCACCUUUGAUGGGAAGGCCAUCUUAGAGGAGAAGGGGAAAAUUGCUAUGGCUCCAGAUGGCAAUGGUGGCUUAUACCGUGCUUUGGUGGAUAAUAAGAUCUUGGAUGACAUGAAGCAGCGUGGAAUCCAGUAUGUCCACGUAUACUGUGUGGACAACAUCCUCGUGAAAAUGGCAGAUCCGGUCUUCAUAGGCUUCUGUGUUUCCAGAGGGGCAGAUUGUGGUGCAAAGGUGGUGGAGAAGGCCUACCCCACAGAGCCUGUUGGGGUGGUGUGCUGUGUGGAUGGGCUCUACCAGGUGGUGGAGUACAGUGAGAUCAGCCCGGAGACCGCACAGCAGCAAAGCCCUGAUGGGGGCCUGAUGUACAGCACUGGCAAUAUCUGCAACCACUUCUUCACGGUUGAGUUCCUGGAGAUGGUGGCUCAGAAAUAUGAGCCACAGCUGAGGCAUCACAUAGCCAUAAAGAAGGUGCCCUACAUUGAUGAGGAGGGAAAUCUGGUAAAACCGCUAAAACCAAAUGGGAUAAAGAUGGAGAAGUUUGUGUUUGAUGUGUUCCAGUUCUCUAAGAAUUUUGUGGCAUUUGAAGUUUUGAGAGAAGAGGAGUUCUCGCCACUAAAAAAUGCAGAUACAGCUGACAAAGACACUCCUACCACUGCUCGGCAAGCCCUCCUGGCCCAGCAUUACCGCUGGGCUCUCAAGGCUGGGGCCAGAUUUCUGGAUGAAAAUGGUUGCAGGAUACCAGAGAAACUCAGUCUCUCAGGAAAUGAAGAUCCUCCAGCUGUGUGUGAGAUUUCUCCGUUAGUGUCUUACUUUGGAGAGGGUCUGGAGGUGUACAUGAAGAACAGAGACUUCCCUUCUCCCUUUGUACUCGAUGAAAACAAAGUGGAAAUGCUAGGAAAUUCUUGAAGAGGAGGGAAGCCUUUCCCCCCUCAAAUCAGAUAUCUGUCUGUCAGAUCCACUAGAAGAACCGACAUUAAUAAAAUGUCGGUAUGAAGUGCAUUAUAAAAAAAAAAAAUUGCUUCACAGUAUCAGAUCAAUGCCAAAUCCUUGCAGCAGUUGUGUUUACACACAUGUGUGUGCUCACCAGUUCUGUUUGGUAACUUUGAAGGCUAUGCCUUUUACCUCAAUGUAUUUUGUAGCCUUGGAUGUGAAUGAAGGUUAAUACCUUGCAGCCACCAAACAGAUUUUGUAUUUCUUAUUUGCUAUGCCUACAAUUAUUUAAAAGAGCCAGUCAUAGCCUAAUAAAUUAGCUUUGCUUUCAAGAAGAUUAAAUCUCUUCAGUGCCUUGUUAGGUAUCUUCCUUGUGCUGGUGGGGUUGAGGGUUUUUUUGUUUCUGUUUUUAAAUUGUGUCCACAACUGAAGAAUCAGGUUGGUCCAUCUUUUCCCUAAUCCUGUGCUGAUUAGAAGAUCCAAUUUGGCAAUUGCAUCCUCCAACCAGAUCACCCAGAGGAGUUUGCUGCAGGUAGGGAUGCUGCUGUGUGUAAGCGCUGCCUGAGGUUUGGACUCCCAAGCAGACUAGUUUGUAUGUCUAGGUUUGCUGCUGCCAUUCCAAGAAAACAUAAGUAAAUAUGCAGUUUAGACUGAUUGCUCUUUACAGCUGUAGUGACCUGUAUUUGUUAAUUAAAAAAAAAAAAAAAUAGAUGAUGAGGAAUUUUUUCACAACAACCCUCUGCUCUUCCUGUCUAUAACAGACAUGUGUUUCACUUCUCAGUUUUCUGUACCAUAUCUUUUUAAAACUACCUGAAAGUAACAAGAGGUAGAAUUUAAUGCUUAACCAAAACUGAAAAAAGACUUAAUCUCAGCAUAACCAGUGUACACAGUAAAACACCAGCCUCUGCUUCUACAGUUUUUGGCCAGCUAGUUUUCCAGCACUCUUUCACUUAUGAAAUAAUUAUUUAGGUGCCUUCCUUUUAAAUAUACUACUAACCAUAAGGUAAAGUGUCGGCUAAUUAAGGAUGCUAAUUGCUAGGAGCAUCUGCAGCAUGUGAAUUUGGCCUUGGCCAAGGGGUCCCAGGGUGUGCGUGAUCCACAACAGAUCGUUCUGCUCAGCCUUUGGAUGCUGCCCCAUGAGCUCCUGCCAGGCUCUGCUGGGCCCACCAGAGUCCUGCUGCUCUCUGUGGGGGUGCUCCGGGUGUGCUGCUGGGGGGCCUUUGUUGAGGAGCACUAUCGUUUUCCUCUAAACCGGGUGGUGAAGAAGAUGCCUCACCUGGAAUGUUGUUAUUUCAUGCAUCUGCUUCUGUGGAGGAAUUGCUGAUGCUAUUUUAUUAAGCAUAAAUCUUUUGAAUAACUUGCAUGGCUUUCUGUAAUUCCUGACCUGAAGCUGUAUUCAGAAUUUUGGGGAAGUAUAAAAAUGGCUUUGAGAGUAAAUACAGUUUGUAAGUAGGCUUGUGGUUGCCAAAGAAAGCGUCUAAAUGUCAAUGGCAGAGUUUUCAGGUAUAGAGUGUAUCUGCAUGCACCUGAGUAAUGAGCCUCCUGCACAUGCAGACCAGCUAAUGACAGUUCUGAUUACCUCAUUCAGCAUGUGCAGCCAGUAAUUCUCAUUUUAGUAUAAAUUAAGUAUUUGUCCUUGACACUCAAUUCUGUAAUUAUUUUUGCGCACUGUUUUAUGGGUCAUUCCAUUCCUGUCAGUCAAGUUUUAUAUCUGAGAGCAAAUUGUGUUGCAUUUUUGUGAGUAUUGCUUGUCAACUCAGGCCCAUGCUCCUUUUAAAUUGCACUGUGCUAUAAAGAAAGGAUAUUUCUUUUGUUCUUGCUAAAGUGCUUUCUCUUUCGAAACACCAGUUCCCAUGUGCUUUAAUCGUGUGUACACUGAGCUGCUGACAUGUUUUUAGAGGUUGUUUUCAAGGAGUGCUUAGAAUUAGAAUGCUGAAUGCCUUGUCUGUUGGGUUUUUUUCUGACUCUUCACGUUUUAAACUGGAACAUGGAAAGAAUUUUGAGAGAACUUUUAAAAAAAAUUUAAAAUGUCCUGUAUGUAACAAAGUAAUUCUUAUGCAUUAUGAAAUGAAAAAACUACCUGAUACAAAGGGACACCUAUCGUACUUCAAAAACUUUUGGACAUCUAAGCAUUUUUAUAAUAAAGACGUUACUGUGA